GUUUGGCAACAGCACGCGGUGUGUGAUGUGUGAUUAUCGUAUUUUGAAAUGUUACAUAAAACACUCUGAGAGGUAAAUUAGUUUCAUCCCGUGUCGCGUUUACCGCGUGGUGUUGCAGUGACGAUUGAAUAGAGCCGAUGACCUGCUUGUGUAAUGAUCAGAAGUCACAAACAUUAGCUAACGGUGUAGUCAAGAACUUGUGUGAGUGAUCUGUAUCGAAAUACAAAACAUACGCGCAGCUUUUCAUACAGGUAAGCAAUAUAAUAUAUAUAUAUAUAUAUUAUAUAAUUUUUAUAUAUUUCAAUGUAACUACAGUUAAACUUGUAAAUAAAUCCACGGUACAGUUUGUCUUUAUACCUCAAUACUUCUAAGGGAAAAUAACUAUUUUAAAAAAGUUCCUGUUUUGUCCCCCGUCUAUAAAUAAGUUAAGGCAUAACGAUAAAGCGUACGUUUUUUUUCCCUUUCUAAAACGGUCAUGGUGAUAGAUGCGUUAACGUCUAUAAAAAUAUAUGGCGUGAGUUAACGCAGAAAGCAUCGUUAGAGAGUGUACUAUUUCAUCUGGCAUACCUGCACUGAGUGGCGUGAUACAGUGUUAAAUAACUUUCAGGAACAAUAACUCCACAGCCUUAAUUAAAGGUAUUCCACAUUGUUGCUUCUCCCUGCAGCCUUUAUAAAGUAGCUGCCCAUAUCAAUAUCAUCGACCGUUUCAUCAAAAUGUCUGACUCCGUUAAGAGAGCUAAACGUUGAGACAACACAAUAAUUCCUCACAAACCAUUUAGUUGAACUAUGAUUAUCUUCCCCUUGGGGUCAAUAAGUACAACAUUCAGUAAUUCGGUUCUUUUAAAACACACACACGAGGAAAAUACAAGGAGCAUUCGUAUUCCUUGCUCGGGUUCAAACUUUAAAGUUAUAAUGUAUUGAUUGAUGUUUUCCAAAAGUAGGCCCGUGGUAGGACAUUGUUAUGAAACUACCACGUGACUAACAUUACAACUAUUGAGCCUCGUUCAUUUCCAAUAAAUACAAUCGGAUAAUCUUCUCAUUUCGAAUUCCUGUUUUUAAAAAAGAAAGAAAAGUAAAUUGACUCACUUUGCCUGCUGUUAGACGAGAAAAAUGAUGGCAAGAAUCCACAAUGACAUGGAAAUUCAUUUUAUUUAUGAUUUAGUCUGACAGUUUCAAAACGUGUGGGAUGGGGGGGGGGGUGGUGGUCGGAUUAGUGUCAAUGUCACCUCAAGGAUUAAUAAACUAACCCAAUAAGAGUAUACGAAAAGUUAAACACAUCAGUAAAAUGCAAUGGUUGUUCCUAUAUUAUUUACGGUAUAAUGUAUAACUGGGUUUCAAUUAAUUAAUUUUUUAAAAGGAUUUUGGUGGUGUGGCUGUGGAGAUGCGGCAGAAACUAUAAUUUUGUAAAGCGCUCUCUUAACACACUAGUAAAAAGAAAAGACAUGAAGUUAAUUCUUUCUUAUUCCUUUCCCUCUUUGACCCACAUUGUUACAACAAUAUAUAAAUCCUGUGGUAACUAAAUGACUUUGCUAGAAUUGAAAUGACAGUCACUAUUUUCUCAUUAAACUCAUUGAAAUUGUAUUGGAAUAUUACAGUGCUGGACAGAAGAAUUUCAAAAUGAAGAAGGUCGAAACUUUUGAAGAUAUCCUUGAGGAGCUUGGUGGAAUGGGAAAGUUUCAAUGGCUGGUGACGAUAUGUAUAGCCUCGGCCCAGUUCACCAUGGGCUGGAGCAUGCUGCAAAUGUCGUUUGCGUCCAUGGUUCCAGACUACACAUGCAUCGUUGGAGAAGGCGGCAAUGACACGACAUUUAAUGAUACCGAUACCCUCAAUGUGUGUGAGGUCAAUGGAACAGAGUGUUCUAGAUAUCUGUUCCACGGUUCUGUCAAUACAGUUUCCUCAGAAUGGGGCCUUAUAUGUGACCUCAGGUGGAUCAAGGCCACAGUCACAUCUAUACAGAUGGGUGGGGUCUUCUUAGGGGCGUUGAUCUCUGGGCAGAUUAGUGAUCUAGUUGGCAGAAGAAAAACCCUUUACUCAUUUGUCCUGGCGCAUAUCAUAUUUAACUUGAUAGCAGCCUUCUCUACCUCUUGGGUCAUGUUUGCUGUUAUGAGAUUUUUCAUUGGCACUGGAAUAGGUUCAAUUGUAGCUGUCGUCUUUCCAUACACCAUGGAGUUCUUGCCAAUGAAAUGGCGGCCAUUGUUAUCAAUACUUCCGUCUUGGACUGUUGGCGUCGCAUUCUUUUCUGCUGCAGCGUUGCUGCUGAAAGACUGGUCAUACCUCCACAUUGCUUGCGCCGUAUGUUCCAUUCCUUCUGCUGCUGCAUUCUUUUUUGUUCCUGAUAGCAUCCGAUGGCUGGCGGUCCACGGACGUAUUCAAGAAGCCGAAGCUGUAUUUGGAAGAAUAGCUCGCAUGAAUUCUAAACCACUGCCUGUUGAGACACUUCUUGUCCUGGACGAAAUCGCUCGGAAAGAGAAAGAACUACGAAAAAGUGGACGGCAAUACUCAUACAUUGACAUCUUCCGGGGUUUCAGAAUGACCCAAGCAAGUCUCAGUCUCUUUUUCUUCUGGUUUACAAUGUCCUCCAUUUUUUAUGGCAUUUCAUUCGGGGUAUCCAGUUUAUCCGGUAAUAUGUACCUAAAUAUAUGUCUUCUUGGAAUUUUGGAGCUUCCAGCGCAAACCUCGACAUUUUUUAUAAGCAAUAAAAUUGGGCGCCGAAGGUCUUCGUUUUUGUUUUUUGGUUUAUCGACGCUAAUCAGUCUUGGAUGCAUCGUAGCUCAUCACACCGCAAGUGACGACUCCCGUGGGGCUUGGAUCAACGGACUUAGUCUGACUGAAAAAAUGAUGAUCGGCGCAGUCUGGUCUUGCGUCCAGACCUGGGGCUCUGAGCUGUACCCAACGGUGACCAGAAACCUGGGUUACAGUUUUUCAAACCUCGGGGCCAGGUUCGGUGGAAUCCUGGCACCAUUCAUCAUCAACUUGGAUAAAGAAAUGGCCAGCACGUCCUACAUCAUAAUGACCAGCAUUUUGGCUUUCAGCUCUCUCCUUGUCAUAUUUCUACCAGAGACGAGAGGUUUGGUUUUAAUGGACAGCAUUGAUUUUAAUUCUAAUGCGAGGCAGGCAGACGAUGCUGACCGAGACGACUUGCUGAACUGCAACGGAAAAGUACCGCCUUUGCAAAACGUUGAGGCACUUCCUCGGGACAAACUUAUACACAAUAGCCAUUUGAACAUUUAGAAACUCAAAGUCUAAGUUGAGUAUAGUCUUUCUUGCUCCCUAGCAGCUUAAAUUGUCUUCCACACUUCCACGUUAAACAAAAAAAGAUUUUAAUCAAUUACAUUUGUACCGGUAUGCUUUUUAUUUUUUCAAUUUCAAG